AUGCCACAGGCCCCUCCAGGAAUAUGCCACCGUGAGGUGUACUCCGAAUUGCUAGCGAGUGCGGGGCUGCUCUUUGAGAGACGGUACAAGGCACAACAAUUGGCCGAUAUCUCCCAAUUGCAACAGCGAGCAAAGGGUUAUUUAGCGAGAUCUCUGACCAAUGUGGUGUUAAACCAGGGACAUGACAAUAAUCAAGGUAGUCUAGAAGGCCGUUCGUCGAAAUCCCCUAGUCCCCUGAACGCUGGGAAGGAAGACUAUGAUGAAUGUACACCAGAGUCCAUAGGACACGAGGCGUACGAAGAGGUGGAACCAACUUCAAACGAGUUCCACCGAAUUGGUACUAGAGUACUGCUAGCCGUGACUGACCCAGAGAGACCGGAAAAUAUCGAGGAAGACGUGAAAGGAAGUAGAUACCUUGAGGACACUAGCUCCGUUGGCGCCAGAAUCGAAAUUGUUCACAAUUCAGAUAUAAUUGAAGAGGCCGCAUCAGAUAUACCUGGUGACGUACGUGUUAAUAUUGAAGGAGUCCCAGAGCUGGGUUAUGACGAAGAGGGUGCGUCGCCUUUGCCAAACCGCAAACGUCUGAGGAAUAUUGGCCUCUGCUGUUUGGCAGUUCAGCUACUUGUCUCUGCAUUACUCGUUGCGCUGUUAUAUUUAUGUGUCCACCUUGAGUGGCUCAACAACGUCGACAAGUUGCAUAUCAUUUACCCGUUUGUGGUCUAUUUCAGCACAAGGGUCAUAGUGCAGGGCAUGUUUGAUUGGUAUAUGAAAAGAUAUCUCCGAUUGUUCACGAUACCGACUACCGCCACCGCAGCCGUAUCCCUUGGGCUCGACAGAACUCGAUUGGUCAAGGCCAUCGCUAACAACUUGUGCCUAGUUCUAGCAGUCGUUGCUGCUGCUCUGCCGCGGGAAAUAAUAAACCAACUACAGCCACGCAAGACACUCAACAACAUAUACUUCGCAAACAUCGCAGCAAUAUUCACCAUCAACGUUAUAGCCACAAUAUACCAAUAUUAUAGGAUAGGGCGAGAAAUGCGAAAGGUAUCCCCGUAA